UUCUACCCCUCUGCUCGGGUCGGGUAGAAAUGGAAUUCGCGGGGCGAGAAGUCAACCACAGUUUCCCCGUGAAGAAACGCGCUGUCUCCAGACACCGGUGGACCUUGUAAACCGCACAGAAGCAGCGGGCCGCAGUAGCACCUGCCGCGGGGCUUCAACACCCUCACUCCGCCUUGAAGUGUCCGCGACAUGGCUCUCAGCUCGGGCGGCUGGGCUCCUCCAGCCCCGGUGCCUGCCUCGUCUCAGCAGGCUGCAUGCGGCGGCGGCGGGACAGCGUUUACUCCCUGCUGCAGCACUGUGUUAAUGUCAGUCCGGGUGUCGGUGUGUCAUUCCGGGAUCCGGCCCCUGUGCCUCCCCGGUACCGGCAGCGAGGCUCUGCGGCUGCAGCUCAGCAUGGACCCGAGCCGGGCCGGAGAGUUCCGACUGGCGCUGAGGGACACCAGCGGAAACCGCAGUGUGUUUAUCGCAGACUUUGAUCUCCGCUCGGUGCAGUACGAGGUGAAAUGCGCCCGCAGCCAUGAGAUGCGUCUGGUCGCUCCGCCCCACGACUGCAUCCGCUUCAACUUCCGCUGCGACCGCGAGGCCGAGGAGUGGGCCACGGUGGUGAUGUCAUCACUAAGAGAGUCACAUAGAGUUGCGAAUAUUAAAACAUGUGAAUCCGAUGGCAGACACACUGACAGCGCAGCAGCACCGGAGCCGUGGAGCUCCGCUUCGCUGCCGCUCGCUGAGGAGCUCUGCUUGGAGCUCGCCCGGGCGAUUGAAGCAGGCGAUACUCAGGCCGCCUCGCAGCACGCUUCCACUCUGGCUCGGCAAAAAGCUGUGCUGAGGAUUCAGAUGUCUGAAAAGAACUACGCAGAGGGAGAAAUAAGUGUAUCCGUGGUAGUGGAGGACGUGUCGUCUUCCUGUUGUGUCACAGUGAAAGUUUUUCCUUACAUGACUGUGGCUACACUCAAGCAACAGGUGUUUCUGGAGUACGGUUUCCACCCUCGGGUGCAGCGCUGGGUGAUCGGUCAGUGCCUGUGCACCGAGCCCAGGUCUCUGGCCUCCUACGGGGUGCAGAAGGACGGGGACACGGCGUACCUCUACCUGAUCUCCGCCCGGCAGGCCCGCAUCACCCGCCAGCUGUUCCAGCAGGACCUGGAGAGCGCCCUCCUCGCCCCCCCUCUCCCCCCAGGAAACGGCCCCACCUCCCAAGACUGGAGGGGUUACAGUACUCUGCCCUCAAGGCUUCCCCACAACAACCAGGGUGGAGGAAGCGACAGACCUGGUGAUAUCACUAAUCUAUUGGACAUAGAUAACCUGCAGCUGAAUGAUCACACCAACAGAGCCACUAAAACACAGCAGACAGAGUGGGCUUGUCCCUCAUGCACUUUCAUCAACAAGCCGACCCGUCCGGGCUGCGAAAUCUGUGCCACAGCCAGACCUGACGCACACAUCCAGCAGGAGAAGGGAAGAAGAGAGGAUCGAGGAGAGCCUGGUUUAAGCAGCAGCUGACUGCCCAUCGCCAGCUUGCCAUGUAUCACUGACUUACACACACAUACACACACAGAGUGAGGAUGCUCAACAACAAAAUACUUCCAUAAAGACUAGUGCACUGAGUCCUCUGAAGCACUGUAGCAUGACAGAGCUGCACUGGUGGAGGCUCGGACUAUAAACUGUGGACUGGGGCGUGAGCUUGGACCUGUUAUCUUCACAUAACAUGACAUACAUCUGAAUUUGGCAAGAACUCUUUGUUAUUUAUUAUACAGGGUGAGUGUGAUACAAUCAACACAAACGGCCUGAUAUUUAUUUUAGGUGAGAGAAUUGGACAGAAGUUUGUUGCAUUUGAUCUCGGCUGAAGUUGAGGGAAUGUUAAAACUUUCGCCAACUGUGAAGCGAGAGAAAAGCGUUGUGCCGUUUGUUCAAGUGUUAUCUGCCAAAUGAUGUUGGUGGUUUUAAAGCAAAAUAAGAAGCCAUGGCUGAUGAGAGAAGGUGUUUUGCGUUUACAGGGUUGGUUGUCAAGUGCUUUUAUUUUUUUAUAACAUUGUAAUGAGUGUAUUAUUUUUAACAAGAUGCAUUGAGUAAUUGAUGUACAUUUUAUCCGUUGAUCUAAUUUUACUCAAUUCCCUGUGAGCUGUGACAGCAAUGGAAUGAUCUGUUUUCAGUACAUUAUACUGUAAAAACGUGCAUUACCUGAAUAAACAUAGUGCAAAUUAAACUAAUUCCA